AUGUCUCUCCCACAAGAUACACGUGAUAAAAUUCCUAAAACUUAUGGACGACAUGAACCAACUGCAGAACCUCACCCUAUAUUGGAAACAUUUGACAAUGAUGUCGCUACAAGUUCUGGUCAAACUUCAACAUCAUAUUUUUCUUCGACUGCAGCCCCUUCGCAUAUAUAUCAAAACACAUUAACAUCUCCAUAUUCCCCCUCAGCCAAAACAAAUAUCUCACUUAACGUUCCUACAAAAGUUACAAGAACGUUCUUUGGUGACACUAGAAUACAUAUUGGCGAUAAUUUUCCAACUUUUUCAGAUGCAAUGCCUCACAAUCCUGUCACCCUAACCACCAUCACCACCCAACCCUCUCCAAUUCAAUAUCCCUCAAUCGGUUCUGCCGAUGUGCGAGGCCAUCAACGUGAAGCCUCUGAUCUAUCACGAGGUUUUUUGCGUUUGGACUCGAUGACCUUGAAAUUCUGUAAAAUUUGUCAGGAAACAGAAGAUACGACAGACAGUAGCUCACAUGCAAAAAACCGGUUGAUUUCUCCAUGUAAGUGUAAAGGUUCUUUACAGUACGUCCAUCUCAGUUGCCUGAAUGAAUGGCGUGCCACCACCUUACGUCAGGACGCUUCAUACCGAUGUGAAGUGUGCAAAUAUGAGUAUAGAUUUUAUAGACCAAGAUUGGCCAAAAUCUUAGAAAGCAAAAUUUUUCUUCACACUAUGACUUUUAUGAUAUUCCUUUUGGUUAUUUGUGUGACUUCGUGGAUUAUACUAGUGAUUGAUAUACAUCUAAUAAAUAAGCAUUCGCCACCUCAUCCCACUGCCCUCAACUCCUGGAUACAUACUAAUGUCUUAGGUAUGGAAGUUCUACACCUGAUCAUCGGGGCAAGUAUAAUAUCAUUUAUAGGUAUAUGUUACUUGAUGGUUAAGUUGUGUAAGAAUGAAUAUGAUUCGAUGGUGGGAGAUUGUUUUUGUUUUGAUAGUAGAGGUGCCAAUUGCUAUUUGUACUGUAAUGGAGGCUGUGGAGGAGACUGUGGGGAGUGUGCUGUGGUAUUGCUUUUUAUUAUCUUAGUUGUGAUAUUUUCAAUUGGGAUAUUUGGAGCGUUGAGCGCCGGUUAUCUCUUAAUUCAAAGGUUCAGUAGUAUCUACUUGGAUAGGAUUAAGGAGGUUAUUUUAGAAGUUCCAAAGGAUUAA